AGGAAGAAUAUUGUGGCGAAAGAUUUGCGAAUUGUUUUACUAGAAAGCCCAAAUUACAGAAGUCUUGUGCAAAGCAGAAAGAAAAACUGUUCACCUUUGGCUCACCUAGAACCGGAGUCAAUCAGAAUCCGCUACCGAGAUGAGGAUGGGGAUUUCGUGAAUAUCUCAUCGAAGGAUCAAUUUGCUAUCUCGGACAUGAUAAGAGCUGCACAGUUUGUCGAAAAACGAAUCUAUAAGAAAAUAUUUAUCAAAGCAAAGAAUUCCCAAGCUCCGAGGAAAGUACGCAGAGUUGAUGCUCCAGGACCAUCAACUAGAUGCGAACUAGCGCCGAAACAACUUACUUUUCGUGGCGGCUUGUUGCCGACUGAUGAAGAACACUCAACAAUACAGCCAACGAGCUUGCUGGAUUGCAAGCAACGGGAGAUGAACGAUAAUUUGACUGUUCUGAAAGUGCAGGCUACCACUUCUGGAGAUGAACUACAAAAACUUCAGCAGCAAGAUCGAGAAUUCGCCUCACUCUCUGAUGUUUGUGGGCGUAUGUGUAAUGACUGCCAUGCGGCAGGGCAUACAAAAAUGACAUAAAGCUCAGAUCCAAGAACUGCAGCGUGCUAUAUAGACACUUGAUAAACAAAUUGGUGAAGAAGAUACGAAUCUCAAAAGCCUGCGCGAGAACGCGCUCGUUCAUCUUUUGUUGCAGUAAUGCACCCGAGGUUGCAGUCAGAACUAUGUAAAAUACAGGAGUGAAAGACCGGGAUCUUUUAAUUUUACAAAGGGCGUUACAGACCAAGAUCCCUGAAUGGAGAACAGCCAUUGGAAGCUUCCAUUGAUCCUUAAUCAAUAUCAAAACAGUCAGCUUAGAGAACUAAUGCCUUCAAAAGACGAUGAGCUAGCUUAUUCCGCAUAUGGCAACAACAACAAGGAGACUUUAUUGAUAUCGAUCAAUCCGGUAAUUUGUUGUUUCUGUAGAUUUACUAGUUUGUACGGUUGACACUGUUAUUUUAGUACGGCCAAGUGAAGAACCUGUUUAGUUUGAAAUGUAAAUCUAAAUGUUUCUAAAGGGUAUUUGGCAUAAUCUGUGUACGAUUUUUUAGUUCUGAAACCACACGCAGAAAAUCUCGGCGCCCUGCAGACUAGAAUACAUUGUAGUUAAGAAAAUGCUGUUUUAUUUCUGAAAGUUCAGUAGCCUAAUUCUUGUAAUCUAAAGUUUUUGACUAAACAUAUCCAACGU